AUGUCACUUCUAAGUGAAGAGAAUGAAUUUUUGUUUGAUUUAAAUGAAAUUCCAGAAAAAACUGUUUAUAGUGAUGAUGGAGAUGAAUUUUUGUUUGAUUUAAAUAAAAUCCCACCAAGAGAAGAAACUGUUAACAGUAGCGAUGAAGAUUUUGCAGUCAAAUCGGCAGAAGGUUAUACAGACCACCUCCAUCGACGUAAUCAAGCCACAAAACGAAAAAAAAAGCUCCGGAAGCGACCAAAGGGUUUGAGGAUGGAUACUGAUCCCUACCAAGAAUUAAGGAUGGAUACUGAUCAUAUGACAUACGAGCAACUUCUACAGCUGUGUAACAAUAUGGGCUAUGAGAACUCUGGUGUAAAAGCAAGCAACAUAGACCGUUGUCUUCGAAACACCAAACCCUCCGAAUUUCAAUCUCUUGCCGAUAAAAUAUGUUGCAUCUGUCAGGAUGGGUUUCAGAAGAGAGCUGGGGUUGGAAAAUUGAACUGUGGGCACAACUUCCAUGUCAACUGCGUGAAACCAUGGAUAUUGACAAAGAAAUAGUGUCCGGUGUGUCAGAAAACAGCAGACGAUGAUGAACAUCAAACUCAAUCAUAUCAAGUAGAGACAAUUGAACUGAGCGAUGAUGAUGAAGAGGACAUGAACAGUCGCGAUCACCAACAGUAUGAUCCAGAGCAACUGUUGUUGUUCUAUGAAAUCCCUAAAGGAAGAACACACGGACCAUUCUCUCUCACGAGUCUGAGGAAGUGGUGGGAUCAGGGGUACUUUGAUGGCUUCCCAAAUUUGAAAGUAUGGAUGAUGGGUGAGAGCAUCGAAACUGCUGUGUUACUCACCACAAUUCUAACAUAAAGGACCAUUUUGCUUUUGUUACUCAUUAAAUUAUUCUAGCUAAGGCAGUUGACCAGAUGAAAUAAAGUAUCUAACGUCUCAUAUCAAAACCAUUUAAUCUGUUGUAUAUAGAACAGGCAGGAUCUACGUUAUAUGAAACAUAAUCUUAUAUAAUGUGAAUAUUAUAUGUGUAUACUCACACGCGUAAUGGAGAGGGUUUAACUGUUGACCCAAAGGGUGCGGCGGAGAAGACGAAAAGGAAGAAGCUCGUGGCCAACAAGAUCCUUUUUUAUAGCACCUUCCCUUCACUCUUUA